GAUAUGUCCUCCUAACGCAGGGACAAUUCAGGCGAGUUAUCUUUCAGGAAUUGUCUGUCUGGCGCGAAUGACAGGAUUUUAUUUACUGGAAGCAAAAUAAGAUUUAACUGAAUAAUGUCAGUUAGACUUUCAAUAAUGUAUCUAAACGUUGUCUGGAUUAUGUGUUGCCAGUAGCAGCAUAACUUCUUCAUACAGGCAGAUUCCAUUGAGUCUACAAGCACCUGACUCGCUGAGCACUACACCCUGGCUUCACCAGUCCAAGGUCAAGGACCGCAUAACAUCUGUCAACAUUUUCUGGUUGGCGGACACAGAGGAGAACCCGAAACACACCCAGCCCUGAGGACAAGUAGACUACGCGACACACCCUGCCCUGAGGACAACUCCAGAAAUACUGCAUUUUAAUUUAGACCAGGACAGACAACAACCAGGCCCCACACACAAACACACUCUUGUAACAAACCGACCAACAAAAAGGCAGAGGAACAACAACCAACUACCCCAAUUUAUCUCACCAUCUCACCCAGCUGGUGCCUAGGCUCACACAGUUAAUAACAAUGGUCUGGUCCGUUCCUAUCUGAUUGACACAGACUGACUGGCUGGCUGGUUUGGGUGUUUUGUGACGCUCCUCUAUACGUUCAUCAUCAUUGUAUCUGAUUUUGAAGAGCUGAAGGACCCACCAUGCAUCUGACUGUGUGAAGUUGAGCGCUCGACUGCCAAGGACCACUUAGACUACUGACCUCGUAAGGGCCGUGUGUGCUCACUGGUUGCUUGUGUGGUGGUCGAUCAUGGGUAAGGAGCAGGACCUCCUGGUGGCAGUGAAGAGUGGAGACAUCCUCCUGGCCCACAAACUCCUGGCCAAGGUCACAUACAACAAAACCAAGUUGCUGGGCUCCACAAAGAGGCUCAACAUCAACUAUCAGGACUCAGAUGGGUUUUCAGCGUUACACCAUGCAGCUCUAACAGGCACCACUGAGCUGCUGUCUCUACUACUGGAGGCUCAGGCCACUGUGGACAUCAAAGACAUUAAUGGUAUGCGUCCGCUACAUUAUGCAGCGUGGCAGGGUAAAGCUGACUCUGUGUUGCUGCUGCUGAGAGCUGGAGCCUCUGUUAACACGCUGUCACAGGACGGACACAUACCUCUACACCUGUCUGCACAGUACGGACACUACCAGGUGUCUGAGAUGCUGCUCCAGCACCAGUCUAAUCCCUGUCUGGUGAACAAGGCCAAUAAGACCCCUCUGGACCUGGCCUGUGAGUUUGGCAGACUCGAGGUUGCUCAAUUGUUAUUGAACAGCAACAUGGUGGUAGCUCUGUUGGAGGGGGAGGGGCUAGACGGUUUAGACAAUGCCUCCUCCAACACGCCCCUUCACCUGGCCGCUCGCAACGGACACAAAGACAUCAUCAGGGUGCUACUGAAGGCUGGUAUAGACAUCAACAGAACCACUAAGGCUGGCACCUGUCUGCACGAGGCUGCCCUCUACGGCAAGACUGAAGUAGUGUGUCUGCUGCUGGACGCUGGUAUUGAUGUGAAUCUGCGUAACACUUACAACCAGACAGCUCUGGACAACGUCAACCAGUUCACCACCUCAUCAGCCAGCAAGGACAUCAAGAUAAUAUUGCGAGAAGCGUUAGGGUCUCUCCAGGUGAGAGCUGUGAAGGACUACUGGAACCUUCAUGACCCUACAGCCCUCAACCUCCGUGCUGGAGACCUCAUCAUGGUGUUGGAGCAGCACACGGACGGGCGGUGGAAAGGUCAUAUCCAUGACAACCAGAGAGGAACGGACCGGGUCGGAUACUUCCCUUCGUCUGUAGUGGAGGUCAUCAGCCAGAGAGCAGGGGGUUCUGUCUCAUGUCAGGUCUCGUUACCAAGCCAACGGCAGCAGCCCUUCCUGUCAAGAGCUCCUCCCACCAGUAUUGGCUCCGCCCCCCAUAUUGAGGACUCCUACGCCUUGUACUAUGACCACGCAGGUACCUGUACACCUGGCAGUCUCCCUACAGCCUCAGCUAAUCCAGCUAGCCCAUGUGAGGAGAUAUGGGUCCUCAGGAGCUCUCCCACUGGUAAGAGUGUGUACCCAGCUAAUCCAGCUAGCCCCUGUGAGGAGAUAUGGGUCCUCAGGAGCUCUCCCACUGGUAAGAGUGUGUACCCAGCUAAUCCAGCUAGCCCCUGUGAGGAGAUAUGGGUCCUCAGGAGCUCUCCCACUGGUAAGAGUGUGUACUCAGCUAAUCCAGCUAGCCCCUGUGAGGAGAUAUGGGUCCUCAGGAGCUCUCCCACUGGUAAGAGUGUGUACUCAGCUAAUCCAGCUAGCCCCUGUGAGGAGAUAUGGGUCCUCAGGAGAUCUCCCACUGGUAAGAGUGUAUACCCAGCUAAUCCAGCUAGCCCCUGUGAGGAGAUAUGGGUCCUCAGGAGCUCUCCCACUGGUAAGAGUGUGUACCCAGCUAAUCCAGCUAGCCCCUGUGAGGAGAUAUGGGUCCUCGGGAGCUCUCCCACUGGUAAGAGUGUGUACCCAGCUAAUCCAGCUAGCCCAUGUGAGGAGAUAUGGGUCCUCAGGAGCUCUCCCACUGCAGGAGACAGGAACAGUGUUGGCAGUGCAGGCAGCAGUGCAGGUAGUGUGGGCAGCAGUCGUAGUGCUGGCAGCGGGCAGAGCUCAGAGAACGGCUUCGGACAGAAUGGGACACACAAGCUGGCUCCCUCUGCUGGUGAGUCCAGAGAACAGCAGUUCCUCCCUGCAGGACCAGACCCCAGCAAACAACCUGAUGGACAUACAGGUGGUCCGAGUCGUCAAGUCAGUGGUGGUACUCGGUUGGGGGAGCAGAGUGGCUUCAUGUGUCCAGACAUAGUCCUGGUGGGCAGUGACUCUGAGGCCAUCUACCAAUGGCUGUGUGAGUUCCAGCUGGAGAGCUACACUGAUAACUUCCUCACAGCAGGAUACGAUGUACUUACUGUCAGUAGGAUGACCCCAGAGGACCUGACCGCCAUCGGUGUGACCAAACCAGGCCACCGAAAGAAGAUCUCCAUGGAGAUAGGCAACCUGAACAUCCCAGAGUGGCUGCCUGACUACAUCCCUUCUGAGCUGUCAGAGUGGUUGAGUGCGAUCGGUCUCCCUCAGUACCAGAAGAGACUGUGUGAGAAUGGUUAUGACACCAUCAGCAUCGUCAAGGAUAUCACCUGGGAGGACUUAUCAGAGAUAGGAAUCACCAAGCUGGGUCAUCAGAAGAAGCUGAUGUUAGCCGUGAAGCGUUUAUGUGACCUGCAUCGUUAUCGUCACCAUGCCAACGGCUCCGACACGCUCCGGCAUAAACCUACCACGGCCCUGGUGGCUAUUGAGCCCCCCGAGAUCCCCUACGACUGCUGCCCCCUGACCCCUCACACCCCCAGGACACCCUUCCUCUCCUUCCAUGACAGCGAGCUGAGCACAGAGCUACAGAACACCAUGAUGGGGAGGGCAGCAGGAGGAGGGGUGGGGAGAGGGGGGUUUGGGAUGGGUGUGAGGGAGAGCAUUAGCCAGGAGAGCAUCGGAACGCGCUCCCGCGGAUCCGGGAAUUCUGGGAAAUCUGGGAAUUUUACGGGAUAUUCCCAAGAGCUUCACCAACAGACUCCGGCAUCGGCUGGAGUGCACAGUCGCUCGGACGAAAGCUUGGGAGGAGGGGGAGGAGGAGGUGGGAGACAGGGGGGAGGAGGUAGUCCAGGGAGAGACCGUCAGAGACUCACAGAGGUGUGGCCAGACCAGAAGCGCCACCCCCAGCCACCCACUAAACUACCCAUCACCCCCCUCACCCCUCCUCUCACCCCCAGCUCGAUGCCCCGCUUCGCCUACCCAGCCGUGCCUAGUAAACCCAAACCUUGCAAGCCCCCUCCCCACCCUCACCCCUUCUCCUCUCCCCCCUCUCCCCAGGCCUCCCCCACACAGAGGGCAUUCAACUACCUCCACACCCAGGAAGGAGGCACCUAUCUGUGCCAACGUGGUCUACCCAAGCCCCAGGCUGGAGCAAUCCCCCUCCCAGGACUAGGCCUCAACACAGAGGCUCUUAAGAAACACACCCAGAGUCUGUCCCGCUACGCCCUGUCAGAUGGAGAACCGGAAGACGACGAGUCAUCGCUGCAGGAAUCUGUUCCUCCGGUGACCAUGCCCUCGUACGCAACACUAGGACGCAAACCAGGCUGCGGCCGAUCAAAUUCCUCCGCCGUCCAACGCCACAUCAGCCGGAGCCACUCAUUCGCUCGCCGCAAAGGCCCGCCCCCACCGCCACCUAAGAGGAUGAGCUCGGUGAGUGGCAGCCAGGCCAGACAAUCAGGAGGAGCGGCAGUAGUGUCAGGGCAGGUGGAGGUGGGAGGGGUGGAGACAGAGAGUGCAGGCAGUGUGAGAAGCAUCGCAGCCAGGCUACAAGGGUCCGGGCCCGGGGGCAGCCCCUCUAAGGGGGUAGCGUUACCCUCCCCUCGCACCCCCACCCUCGCCUCCCACAAACCAGUACCCGCUCUGGGGCUGGGAGGCCUGAGGAGGAUGGGGGGCGAGCGGAGGGAUAGAGAUGGAGGGAUAGAGAGAAGCCCAGAAGAGGAGAGAGUGUGGAAGGAUGGUUCAGUAUUGGAAAGCUCUACAUCACCUCAGAGUAGCUCCAGUGAGAACCUCCCUUUCGCGGAGGAGGGCAACCUCACCAUCAAACAGCGGCCCAGGAUGGGAGCAGGCUUCCGGUCAGACCCUGAAAUCCAACCCCAGGCUUCUCCAGAAGACCCAAAAAUGCAGGCCCCAAAGUCCUUGGGGGUCCCUGAGUUCAACCUCAAAGAGUCGGACACCGUCAAACGACGGCGUCAGCCCAAAGACCGGGAUACACACACACUGGACGAGAUCUUCACCGCCAGCGAAGACGACGGACACACACAGCCACACACACACAGCCGGUCCAACGGCUUCCACACACACACAAACGGAGACAAGCAAGAGGAGGAAGCAGGCGUGAAGUCAGGGAGCUGUUUACAGAGAGCAGAAUCGACAGGGAAAGGCCAGAAACCACCCCUGGCCUCCAAACCAACCAGCCCUCCCCUCAAACCUGUCCUCACCCUUAUACCAGCCAGUCAACAGAAGACAGUGACAGGCAGCACACAGAACCAUAUAACAGCCAGUCAAAAUACACACACAACCACCUCUAUACCAGGCAAUCCACAGAAACCAGUAACAGCAACCAAAGCAGGCAGUCCGCAGAGAACAGUAACAUAUAGGCCAACGAACCAGAUGCCUGCUACUGUCUCUGCCUCUACACUUCCCCAUCUCAGCUCAUCCAUAACCUCAGCCCCUACAGCCCAGGCAACCCGCGCUCCAUCCUACUGCACCUUGGUGCCUCCAGGCCAGGCAGGGAGAGCAGGAAAGGCCCAGGCUGGUGAGGCCUGCUCGGAGGUGUUGGUUCAGAGGAGGCUGGAUGAGACCAACACGUCACUGGAGGCAGCGCUGAAAGUUGUAGAGAGAAAAAUGUCUCAGGAUGACUGCACUGACGGUGGCAGCAGCCCAGUGAAAGCAGCAGGGAAUAUCCUGGAUGACAUUGGCAACAUGUUUGAUGACCUCGCCGACCAACUGGAUGCCAUGUUGGAUUAAAUACCUCCUCUUCACUCAAGGCAACCUGAAUAGGACCAGUAGGAUUGGGUUGCAAAUUGCACCCUCUUCCCUACAGAGCCCUGGUCAAAAGAAGUGCCCUAUAUAGGGAAUAGGGAGCCGUUUGGGAUGCAUGGCUAGAAUUGAUUAGACUGAUGCACUGAUCUGCAUGUUUCAUAGGGUGGAUGAGAGAAAGUAGGAGCGGGGAGAGGAAGAGGGAGGGAAAGUGAAAGGGCGAAGGGGGGGACAAUGGGGUGAAGAGAGCAGUCACAAUGUGGAGAACCUCUGACUGCACUUGAAAGAGUGUGGAUAUCCUGAACACACACAUCGGGACUUGCCUUAACUGGAGCGCAUAACCCUGGAUCAAUGGUUUUGCUUGGCAAAGACAGCACAAUAACACAGAACAAUUUACUGUGUUUUAUAACAUAGAGCACGGGUUUAUGACAUAGAGCACGGGUUUAUGACAUAGAGCACGGGUUUAUGACAUAGAGCACGGGUUUAUGACAUAGAGCACGGGUUUAUGACAUAGAGCACGGGUUUAUGACAUAGAGCACGGGUUUAUGACAUAGAGCACGGGUUUAUGACAUAGAGCACGGGGUUAUGACAUAGAGCACGGGUUUAUGACAUAGAGCACGGGUUUAUGACAUAGAGCACGGGUUUAUGACAUAGAGCACGGGUUUAUGACAUAGAGCACGGGUUUAUGACAUAGAGCACGGGUUUAUGACAGAACGAGUGUCUUUGCUACAUCUUUGCUCUGAGCCAACCAGAAGGGAAUAAGGGUCCAUUUUUAUUGUACAUUUAUUGUAAAUUAUAUCAUAUUCUCAUCUUAAACUUUACCCAAUCUUAUGUUGUGUGUCAAUAUUCUUAACAUGAGACUCUUAAAUGUUACUGAAAACUGAGAUUUUGUUGUUUUUACGUUGCAUUUUUUUGUUUUACAAAGGGAGCACCUAUUCUCUUCAAAAUAUAUUAUACGUGAUGUUAGGAGUAACUAUGAUAAUUAGAAAAGUACUUUGUAAAUUAUUUUUUUUAAGUUUUAUGAUAACAUGUAAUAUAUUCUGAACAAAAAUAUAAACGCAACAUUUUCAAAUAAAAUUUUAUUUGUCACAUGCG